GGAGUGAUAUUGAUAACUGUGCUUCCCUACUUCUAUUUUAUUUUUUUUGGUAUGAAUUAUUGAUCAAGAAGCACUCGUGAUAAAUCUUUGCCUUAGUACCAAAAAUAUUGCUGAAUUAGUAAAGAUCUUAAAAUAGGCUCAUGAAAACAGUCUUUUAGGACUUUUCUCUGGAAACUUGACCUGGGUAAUGUAGAGAACAGGCAGAUAUUAGAAAGCACAAGAUGUAUCCGUAGUUUAAAAGAAUUUAAAAGAGUGAAAAAAAGUAGUGCCUUCAGUACAGUGUAUUAUAGCUGAUGGGAACUUCUUAAAGAAGUGGAGACUGUCAGAUCAUGUUUGCUAUUGGGAAAACAAGUAUUUGUCAUGUCUCAGUGCCAGAAAAGACUUGUUGGGGCUUCUAGUACAAAGCUGUUGCUGCUUUUAUUUAUUUAUUUAUUUAUUUUAUUUACUUGAGGACAAGGAGCAGUUGUUUCCUUCUACACUGAUGGAUAUGCUGCAAGAUUAAUUUUCUUUACAGAAUACAGACUUCUGAAAUCUGUGUGCAGGUAAUUUUUUUAGGAAGAUCUUAGGCAAUGCAAGAGCAUUUUCACUAUUCAAAGCAAAAGGAAACCAAAUUAUAAAACCACACCGAAGUUCAGUUUUGGUAAGAGCCCUUCCAGUAAGGGUAUUUGUUCUAACACUUCCUGAAGGGAUUGAACCACAGCUCUUGUUUUUUUGGGUUGGUUCUUUUUUUUUUUUAAUGAAUGCCUUUUGACACUUAAAGUUGUUUAAUAACCUGGAGGUCCAUGCAAUAUUUGGAAUGUUACCACCUGAGUCUUUUAGGUUAUUUGCACAAAGUUAUUUUACUCAGAAAAGAUUAACAGAAAACUUUCAAAUGCUCUACGUCUUGAAUUUUGCCCACUUAUUAAGGACAGUUGCUAAGAGGGAAAAAUUCUCCUUAUCUAUAUGAAACAUAAAAUAUGCUUUUCCUGCUUUCCCAGAUGCCUUGUUUUGUUAUUUUCAUUGAAGGAACCUGGGAGGGGAAUCCAUUCUAUUACUGGGAGUCCUACAUUUAAAGUGUCCUUAAAGUCUAACUUAAAAUACUCUUGUUUUAGGCUACAGAACCAAUUUUUGCUUUUAAUUCUAGUGAAGUAGCACUAAGUAGUACUUACUUCUCUGAGAACUCUAGACCACGUUUUCCUUUUUACUUUUUGAAAGGAAAGUCUUUUUUAAACACUCCAUUUCUUGAUUGAAAUGUUAAAUACAUUUUUUAGUGAAGAAUUUGUUAUAGCUUUUUUUUGUUGUUGUUAGGACAAUUCUUCUGUAAGCUGAGAAAAUAUGGAGAUUGGUACUUUUCUACAGAGCGGUUUUGAGCUGCUUAAUGUUCAAGAGAAAAUGAAGAAUCAUUAUGGUUUUUACUAUUUUACGUGGGUUUGAGAGCAAGCAAAAUCAACGGGAGUGGUGUCAUUAACGUCUGUCCCACACAGAUAUUCACCUCACCAGAAGUCUCUUGCUGUUUGACUUACAUUCUAACAGCUGCCUGAAACUAUAAUAGCACAAUUCCUUUGUUAAUUAGCAUCACUACUAAACUAUGGGCUUGUGUUUUGGAGGUUUUUUUGGAUUUGCUCUCCUUGUCGAGACAUGUUUUGAAUCUACUGAAAAUGAUGCUGAAAAGACAGUUAUAUUCUGGAACCAUGCAAAAUACAGAAAAACCAAAUAAGAUACAGCCAUAAUAAAUGGCAGUGCGGUCUCAUUAACAAAGGAUUUAUUUACUUGAAAGCAAGAGAGAGCCAGGGCUGCCUGUCUGUGCCCCCGGGGGGGGACCACUGGGGACAGCACGGCAGGUCACCCCUGUGCUCCCACACACACACGCUGCUUCCUCACAGCAAUGUCUGACUUCUGUGGUUUGAAUUUAGGAGCCUUUGUUUCAUAGCAGAACUAAGAAAUCUGUUUUUUUUUCUUUAAAUGGUAGUUGCCUUUAUUUUGCAUUUAUAUUAGUCUAGGACUCGGGAUAAGCGUGCAAUUUCAGUAAAAUAAUGAAUAGUGAGAGUUGACUGUGUAGAAGGCACACAGGGUGUUAUGUUUAACCAGCUACGUGCAACCGAAUGUUGAAAAAAAAUUGGUGUCUGUCUCUCUUUGGAAAAAGUUGUUAGUUGAGCAACUCUGGAGUGACCUCCAGUGUUCUUUGUGCAGGCUGCAAGUAAAGAGCUCACAGUACGUCUUGCAGGUACCUCGUGCAAAAGGUGCGGCUCUGAGUACUUUGAUACAUCAAUUUUUGAAGAUGAGCAGCGAUCCAAAAGGGCUUGCAGCCUUCAGCCCUGGAUACUGAGCUAGGGAAACUCAACAGUGUCUAAAAAAGACCCUAAACCCCAGACAUACAAGCCUAAAGUAAAACGCUGAGAUUUCUGAACCGGAAUAAUGUCUGUUGCCAAGUGCUGGAGAGCCUCUGCAUGUACAGGCGUUUAAUUAAUAAAGCAUACUGUCUGCUGUACAUAAUCCUAUUUUUGAAGACCUUAAAGUCUGAGAUACUUUAAGACCUUUAAGAGCCUGAGGCAGCUUGGGUAGGAUAGAGCUUCCCAAUCUGCGUGGGUCCUUUCCUAGACACUGAAGAGGAAGAUCCUUGUUCCCAGUGGGCACGUCAGCGUACCUAUUUCAGAAUGGUGUGGGAAAUUUUCCAGGAGUACUGUCCUGUAGCCAUUAGGCAGCCCUGAAGGUAAUUAGAUAUUAGGCUAAAAGCCUAACUAAAGCAUUCGGCAUGCCAUAGGUUAAAGUUAAUCAUGUGUAUGCAUAAACAUUGCUAAUUUGUAUGCAGUUAUACUGUCAGAGGAUUAGUUAAUUAUCAGAAUUCGUGCAUGUGACAUUGCUUUUUGAAUGUAUUGUUCCAGAAUUUUUGCAUUUUUGAACCUAUGGCACCUGUUUUUAAAUGGAAAUAUAAAUUACAGCUGACAGCCUUCAUGAAGGAUUGUGGGAUUUAGAAAGUUUUCAUAAAAUUAUAAUGCACUUGCUUUGGAAAUGCAAACUAAAUUAAAGCCAUCAAUGCUUAGAAUUUUGCUUCAUGGCAGUAAGAAAUGUGAAGUAAACACUAAAAAAAAAAAGCUUUAGUGUAUCUCAUGGGCAUUUAAUGAAGACUUAACUGAUCCAAAAUGGACACGAUAAGAAAUAAAAUUUCUCAAUGGGUAAGUGUAUUUUGAAAGUGAAUUUAUCUCCCAAAGGGAUCCUAAAAGUUUUAUUUCUUACUCCCUUAAAACUAGCAAGAACUUAACACUGUAAUAGAUAACAGAGAUAAAAAUCUGGUUUAGGACUGUUAUAUAAAAUAAUGGUGCUGGGAUAGAAUUGCCUAUAUUUUUUUCAUGUUUUUAAUUUCUACAAGUAAAGAGGACAGAUACUGAAAAAUCUUUAGUAGGAUAUGGACAGAUUAACCAACCAGUAGAAAAAAUGCACAAAUGUUUUCUUUAGAAAUAUGAAGCCCCAAGCGCUUUGAUCCUUCAUGUUUCUUGUCUUUCUUGACCCCUUAAGUGCAAUGUUAAUUUUGUGAUGCUUGUUGUAUCCCUUCUCACCCAUUUGGUCUGUGGCCUUUUAUUUAAUCAUUCUCUAUCAGCUUUACCAAUUCAAUAGUUUCAACAUUUAUUCCUGUUAGAAAUCUAUGGUGCUUGCAACAGAAAAAAUAGAUUAGAUUCUGCCCAAGCUAACAAGUAGAACAGAACUUUGUGCUUAUGUGGAACUUGGAAUAUUCAAGAGUAAAUUUUACAUCUCCCUUGAAGGAUGUGAAUGAAUUAAUGACCCCAACACCAAUUAUUGUAUUAGAACAGCUGAUGUAGUCUAGCACCACUAGAAUUUCAUUUUAAUGAAAUUACUGACUCAGUGUUACAAGAUUAUCAAAUUAUAUAACUGAAUGUUGUUGGUGGUGUCAAUGCAGCCAAAUGUUUAGUUGCAUUCUUAUUUUUAAAUAAAUAAUCCUAGUAAAUUUAGGCAUGUAUGCACUACUAGAUUAGAUCCUUUUUCCUUAAUACAUUUUUACCAGAUUUACUGGCUUUUAAACAAAAUGAAUGUACCAUUUUCCUUCUUGCAGCUUGUGUGUUUUAUACAUACAUUUACUACAUUUUUGUGAAAACAGAAAGAAGGCUACAUUUCCUACUCAAGAAAGAUAUUCCCAGUGAAAAUUCCAAAAGAUAGUUUGAAGAAACAAACCUAGAGCAAUGGAGAUCUUGAGAUUUGUGUCCAUGUGUGGAUCCCAAGAAGAACUCAGGAUGAGUUUAGGAACUUCAGGCAUUGCUGUUUCAUUUCUUACACUUACGGUGCGGAGACCUUCGGAAGAAAUGGCGAGGAGGGAGAGGUGGACACCUGCUCAAAGAAAAUUUUGCUGCCAGGGAGAAGCUGUAACGUGGGAAAGAAUUCGUCCUUGUGCAGGAUGCUGUACUGGGAAUGACAGGCAACCAUUUGCUGUCUCACUGUCGGUGCCUCAGGAGUCAAGCUGCAUCAAGAGAGUUCUUCACAGAGCUGUUUCUAGGAACUCUUUAGUUAGAUUCUUGAAUCAAAAGGUGAAAUGUCAACCAAAGUGCCAAACAUUAAGCUGAAAAUUGAUCCUCGGGAUCUGCAGAUCCAGACAUUUACAGUGGAGAAAUUACUGGAACCGUUGAUAAUUCAGGUUACAACACUAGUGAACUGUCCACAGAAUCCUUCUAGUAAGAAAAAGGGCCGUUCCAAAAGAGCUCGUGUCUUGCUGGCUUCUGUGGAAGAAGCCACGUGGAAUCUGUUGGACAAGGGAGAAAAAAUUGCCAAAGAAGCAGCUGUGUUUAAAGAGGAACUUCAUGCAGCUCUUGCUGAUGUCAGGAAAGAGAGUCAAGCCCUGAAGGUGUCAGCAGAGGCGUUCACCAGCGAUCCCUGCUCCCUGCCCCGCAGGCAGGCCGUUGUCCCGGCAGCGCGCUCCUUGCUCGCCGCUGUCACAAGGCUGCUCGUUCUGGCCGACAUGGUUGAUGUGGUGUAUUUACUGCAGCAUUUGACUGUGUUUCAAAGAACAUUUGAAUCUUUAAGAAAUGUAUCCAGUAAAUCUGAGCUACAGAAAACCUACCAGAAGUUUCGAAAAGAUCUGGAAAAUCUGGAUUAUUUGGCAUACAAACGUCAGCAGGAUUUGAAAUCUAGCAGUCAGCGAGAUGAGAUUGCUGCAGCACGUGCAUCCCUGAAGGAAAAUUCCUCUUUCCUACAUUCAAUAUGUUCAGCUUGUUUGGAACAUUCAGAUGUUGCAUCCCUUACAGCCAGCAAGGAUUCAAUUUGCAAUGAAAUACAGAAUGCUCUCAAUGCAAUUUCUAAUGCUUCCCAAGGAGUUGGAAAUAAAAUGGAACAACCUACGUCUCGCACAGCUACUCUUGGAAGUGCACUUGAUGAACUUGAGAAUUUAAUUGUCCUGGAUCCUCUUGUAGUGAAUGAGGAGACAAUAAGGCCCUCCCUAGAGAAACGUCUGGAGGCCAUUAUAAGUGGAGCAGCUCUGCUGGCCGACUCCUCGUGCACGCGGGAUGUCCAUCGGGAGCGCAUCAUCGCCGAGUGCAAUGCCAUCCGCCAGGCCCUGCAGGACCUGCUCUCAGAGUACAUCAACAACGCUGACAAGAAAGUGAGAAGUAAUGCCUUGAACGUGGCAAUAGACAGUAUGUGCAAGAAGACAAGAGAUCUCCGCAGACAGCUCCGUAAAGCCAUUAUAGAUCACAUCUCAGACUCCUUCUUAGAUACCACUGUUCCACUUCUAGUUCUCAUUGAAGCUGCUAAAAAUGGAAGAGAGAAAGAAAUAAAGGAAUAUGCUGCUAUAUUUCGAGAACAUACCAGCAGGCUUGUGGAGGUUGCUAAUCUUGCUUGUUCAUUGUCAACAAAUGAAGAUGGAACUAAAAUUGUCCAGAUGGCAGCUAAUCACAUAGAGACCUUGUGCCCACAGGUCAUUAACGCUGCUUUAGCUCUUGCUGCCAGACCAAAAAGUCAAGUUGUGAAAAACAACAUGGAGAUGUAUAGGAGUACAUGGGAGAAUCACAUCCAUGUUCUUACUGAAGCUGUGGAUGAUAUAACAAGUAUUGAUGAUUUUCUUGCUGUAUCAGAAAGCCACAUUCUCGAGGAUGUGAACAAGUGCAUCAUUGCCUUGAGGGAGCAGGAUGGGGAUGGUUUGGAUCGUGCCGCAGGUGCCAUCCGAGGACGCGCUUCCAGAGUCGCUCACGUUGUUUCGGGCGAGAUGGACAAUUAUGAACCAGGAGCUUACACUGAAGGGGUGAUGGCAAAUGUUCAGGAUCUGACCAAGAAUGUGAUUCCAGAGUUUAUUAGUCAAGUAAAUAUUGCAUUAGAGAGCUUAAGUAAGAACACAGUCCAUCUGUUUGAUGAUAACCGGUUUGUGGACAUUUCUAAGAAGGUGUAUGAUGCGAUUCACAACAUCAGGUGCUCAGUCAUGAUGAUUCGGACACCUGAGGAGCUGGAAGAUGUGUCUGACCUGGAAGAAGACCAUGAUGCACGUAGUCGUACCAGUAUCCAGACUGAAGGGAAGACUGACAGGGCCAAGAUGACUCAACUGCCAGAGGCUGAAAAGGAAAAGAUAGCUGAGCAAGUGGCUGACUUCAAAAAAGUCAAGAGUAAGCUUGAUGCAGAGAUUGAAAUAUGGGAUGAUACCAGCAAUGACAUAAUUGUUCUGGCCAAGCGGAUGUGUGUGAUUAUGAUGGAGAUGACUGACUUCACAAGGUAA